GAUACUCACGAGCCAGACAUCAAGCAAAUCAGGAUUUUGUUUCUGUGAUCGUGAACGAAGGAGACAGUCGAUGCUUGUGAAGACUGCCUGUAGUUCCUUGUUCUAUAACGUGCAGGACGAUCUUCUCUCCCAAUAUCAGUGGCGAUGAAGGACGCCGUGGCCGGAGCCAGCAAAGUGCUGGCGUACCUGGCGCAGCAGAAUCGGCCGUACAGCGCAGGUGACAUUUUCAGCAAUCUGCAUAAGGAAGUGGGGAAGACGGCUGUGGUGAAGGCACUAGAAGACUUGGCCCAGCAGGGCAAGGUACGAGAAAAGGUCUAUGGCAAGCAAAAAGUCUACAUGGUCUGCCAGUCAGAUGAGUCCGAGAUGACUGAGGAGGAAAUGGCUGCGGUGGACGCCAAGGCUGCCGAAGUGCAAAAGGAGCUGACGGGGCUAGAGGCCGAGUGUCGCACCAAGGAGGCCACACUGAGCGGCCUAACCAGUGCUCUUACAACAGAAGAAGCUGAGAAGCAACUGGCAAUUGUCUCGAAAGAGGUGAAAGAAAUGGAGGAGCGAUUGGAGCAGAUCAAAGGAGGUUCUAACCAUAUAUCUCCGGGAGAGAAAGAGAAGAUCUGCAAGCAGCAUGAUCUGAUGAAGAAGACCUACCGCAAGAGAAAGAGAAUGGCGAUGGAAGUUGUGGACUCGAUCCUGGAAGGCUAUCCCAAGAGCAAGAAACAGCUGUUGGAGGAGAUUGGCAUUGAGACAGAUGAAGAUGCAGGCUUUGCUCCUCCUAAGGACCGCUAGCUGACUUGUCCUCCAGCCGAGAGAAAGGAGACCAUUGCACUGGAUUAUGCCAUCAUCAGUGUAAAUCGCAGCCUGAAUGAAGAAGGCCAUCAUCUGCCUGGGUUCCUGUGCAGUGUGACACAGGUUUAAUUAAGCCACUCUGAAGUGAAGUAAGUUAGUUGGCCUUGUUGUGGCUAAGCCUCUAGGCACUAACAGCACCACGGAUGUGGAUGAGGUUUCGCAUACCACUAUGAUGUCAUGAUGAUGUCAUGCUGCUUACUAGAACUGCUCCUGCUAGAUGUGCCACAGGUACCUGCUGAUAUUCUUGCUACAUAAUUGUUGCUAUGACAUAGUGCUGGUCACUGAUGAUGUCAUGGCUGCUGACCAUCUUUAAUUGCCUGCUGCCACAUGAGGUGGUCACUGGUGGUGUCUGCCGUAUGGGUAAAGUCCCUCCUUGAGCAUACAGCUGUUGCUGCCGGCCAAACUGAUAGUGGUGGUGUCGGUAGAUUUCGUACAUGUAUCUGCUUGCAGCAGUUUGAAGACCCCGGAGCUCUUGAUCAGCCAUAUUGCCAGUUCAUGGACAUCCAGACUGAUACUGGGGAUGUACUGCCUUGACAACUAUUUCUUAUUCGAAUCAUUAGGGGCUAGAGUGAGGUACCAACGCUUAUCUCACUCUCUUUUUUUUCUUUUGCCGGGCAAAGUGAGUUGAGUUAGCCAACACAGCCCGGCUAGCCUGUCAAACCCUGUACUGAGGGCGUGUUGCAACACUUGUGGCUCAGUAAAGCUAUGACCUACACCCUGCUUGUGCCCGUGCGACAUAGCUCUCCCUUGUACCGUGCAUGUAUAAUCUUGUUUAGCAUUUGCUUCCGUUUGUUUGUUUUCCUAGCUGAUGUCCUCUAUGUCCAAUCCAAGGUUUUGUACACUAUAUGUAUCGUACUUAGGGUCCUGUA